AUGGUGGCCUCACUUUUGCUGUGGCAAGGACGAGCCAGGGUGCUGAAGGCUGUGCUCCUAGAAGCAGGAGUGUUUCAAGGACUUGCUUCUACAGUUUCUCUCUCUGCAGAAUCAGCAAAGAAUGAGAAAGGAUUGCCACUGAAUCCCAAGAAGCAAAGUCCACCAAAAAAGCCUGCGCCAGCCGCCCCCACUGAGCUGUUUGACCACACCACCUACGAGAAUCUCCGGCAUCAUGAGUACAGCAUGCAUACCUUCUUAGACCUAAACCUGGAGCUCUUGAAGUUCAGGAUGCCUCAGCCCUCUUCAGGACGAGGGUCACCUUGCCACUGA